GCGAGCGCACCAGGAGGACUUGCGCACCCGGGAGCUCCAGGAGAAGGUGGCACAGUGGCUGCGGGAGCGACAAUUUGUGGAUGUGAACACGCCGAAGGUCACAUGCUUCGGCCUCAGGCGCACCUCCCCUUUGGUGCAGGCGGCCAGGGAUCGGGAUGUGGCCAUGGUGGUGUUGCUGGUUUCCUCCGGAGCCGAUCCCGCGCAGAAGGACCCUUUGGGCUACACCGUGUUCGAUUACCUGAAGUCCCAAGCCCUGCGGCAGCAGAUCCGCCGGCUGCGCUCGAAGAUUGUCCAGGACGCGAUUGCGCACAAGUUUGGCACAGUGUGA